UCCCUUCCCACUUCUCUCUCUCUUACUGUGUGUUUGCCUUUGACAAAGAAAUUAUUUGAACUUCCCUCUGCCUCAUAAAAAGGAAGCAGAAUAGCAGUUUUGACAUAUGGACGUGAUUUUUCUGCUCUGAGACAGAUGCACACACAAAACAAACAGCACCAGGAACUGCUGCUCUGACUGAACUGGGUGUUGGUGCUCCCUUCACAUGGACGCUUUCCCUACAUUUCUGAAACUGCAUAGAUUUCCAGCCAUGAGAAAGCGAAGCAAAGGACUAGAGUUUCUUGUCAUGUGCCUUUCUGGCUAAAACUGUGGAAACAAACAAGCAAAUUAAAAAAAAAGCUGAGAAGGAAGAAAAAUAAAAGAAAAAAAAGUCAUCUACAGCUGGAUCCCUGGAAGAUCCUUCGUACUUCUACUUCCCUUAGAGAUCGUGGAUGCUGCAAUAAGUCUCUUGGAUAUGGGAUCAUAUUUGGUUUAUCACAGCCUGGGUUUGAUCCUCUGCUGCUCAGUGUUGAGUUCUGUCUACGCUCUGGUGGAUGCUGAUGAUGUCAUCACCAAAGAAGAGCAGAUUUUCCUGCUGAUAAAAGCGAAGUCCAAGUGCGAGCGCCACCUGAAAGUCAAGGUGCAAGAUGGUUUCUGUCUGCCCGAGUGGGACGGCAUUGGGUGCUGGCCCGAAGGCAUGCCGGGCAAAGUGGUGGCCAUGCCGUGUCCUGAGUACAUCUAUGACUUCAACCACAAAGGCCAUGCCUAUCGGCGGUGUGACGUGAAUGGGAGCUGGGAGCUGGUGCCAGGCAACAACCGCACCUGGGCAAAUUACAGCGAAUGCGCCAAGUUCCUCACCAAUGAAACCAGGGAGAUGGAGGUCUUUUAUCGUCUCUAUUUGAUUUAUACUGUUGGAUACUCCAUCUCUCUGGGAUCCCUGACAGUUGCUGUCCUUAUCCUGGGAUACUUCAGGCGUUUGCACUGCACAAGGAACUACAUCCACAUGCACCUGUUUGUCUCCUUCAUGCUGAGAGCAGUCAGCAUCUUUGUGAAGGACGCGGUCCUGUACUCCGGGUCAGCUCUAGAGGAGAUGGAGCAUCUGCCUGAAGAAGACUUCAUGUCCGUUACCGAGGUCCCCACAGCGGAUAAGUCACAGUUUAUGGGCUGUAAGGUCAUCGUCACCUUCUUCCUGUACUUCCUGGCGACCAAUUACUACUGGAUCCUGGUGGAAGGGCUCUAUCUCCACAGCCUCAUCUUCAUGGCCUUUUUCUCUGAGAAGAAGUAUCUUUGGGGCUUCACGCUGUUUGGCUGGGGACUCCCUGCUGUAAUUGUCACAGUGUGGGCCAGUGUGAGGGCCAAUCUAGCAGACACAGAGUGUUGGGACUUGAGUGCCAGCAAUUUACAAUGGAUAUUUCAGGUUCCCCUCCUGGUAGCUAUUGUGGUAAAUUUUAUUCUUUUUAUCAAUAUUAUCCGAGUCCUAGCAACCAAGCUACGGGAGACAAACGCAGGGAGGUGCGAUACGAGACAACAGUACAGGAAGCUGCUGAAAUCUACCCUUGUCCUUAUGCCUCUGUUUGGAGUUCACUAUAUAGUUUUCAUGGCUUUGCCAUAUACAGAGGUAUCAGGGAUUCUUUGGCAAGUUCAAAUGCACUAUGAAAUGCUGUUCAACUCUUUCCAGGGAUUUUUUGUUGCCAUCAUAUACUGUUUUUGCAAUGGAGAGGUUCAAGCCGAAAUAAAGAAGUCAUGGAGCAGGUGGACUUUAGCCCUUGACUUUAAAAGAAAAGCACGAAGUGGGAGCACGACCUAUAGUUAUGGACCCAUGGUCUCCCAUACCAGCAUCACUAACGUAACCACCAGAGGGGCCCUAGCCUUACAUCUCAAUACGAGACUUGUACCGGGUGCCCUCAAUGGGCACCGAAAUUUGCCAGGCUAUGUGAAAAAUGGCUCAAUUUCUGAAAACUCCAUGCCUUCUUCUGGGCCAGAGCAGUACAACAAAGAAGAGGAGUACCUGAAUGGCUCUGGACUUUAUGACGGAGACAGACCCAUGGUACUUGUUGAAGAAGAAAGAGAGACUGUGAUGUAAAGAAAGAAGAAGAAGAAGAUAUUUCCCAGAGAGCAUUUAGUGGGCAAAAGAAUGCCAGGCCACAAAUCAGAUGCCAAGGGUUUUCAUACAGUUUCUCUGUUCUGUGGAACAAGAGGUCAAGUUAUCUGGGAAAAGUGGACCACAGAUGUGGCCAGCUGUUGAUCACACACAUUUAUGUAGUGGUCUAGUCUCCAAGGUGUGAAUGAAGGCAGUCUUCUCCAGACCCACGGUCCUUGUGACCUGUUGAACAAUGGGGAUAUUCAGAGUUUACAAGGGGACGUACAAAUGAUACUCUGUAGUUUCACCUCUCAGAGAGUGUCCACGGCACAAAGAUGCAGGGAAUUCAACCAAGUGAAACGAGACAGUCUGGUGAGGAAUGUGACACGCCAUUUUCUUUCAGUGGUGCAAGCUGCCCCGGGGUGUUGCCAUCACUGCUUGGUUGGGUUUGGUUUUCUCCUUUGUUUUAAAGAAGCCUAGACGCCCUACAAUCACCCACACCAGUCUGGCUGAGUCCCACUGGCCAUGUCUGCCAGUUCAAGAACACAGCACAGACAGCUCUGGUGUUUCAUGGUUUUGCCCCUUUGUUAUAAAACCCAACCCCCUGGGGUCAUUGUGUGCAAGUUCCCUGCUGGAGGGGCCUUAAUUCUGAUUCUUUGAUGAUGAGCAUGCUUUUGUGAUAAAUGACUCCCAGCUACUGGAUACAAGUGCCGAAUGAGCUUCCCGUUCUCCUACCCAGAGCCCAAGUGACAGGAGAAGCCAGUACAAUCCUAGGAUUAAAAUGCAAGUAUCAGAAUGUAAUGCAUUAGCUUGUCCACUCUUAGAAAGAAGCCCAUUCUGUCUGCUUCUAAGUGGGUCGAGAUGGAAAGGAAAGUUUGCAGCUGCCUUGGGGUGUGUGUGUGCAUCCGUAAAGCCACCUCAAA